UUUAAGGAAAUGUGGCAAAAAGUUGAAACAGUGCGAAAAAUUUUCAUGGCUAAAGUUUUUGGCAUAUAAGAUCUUCUCUGGCUGUCAGAAUCAAAACUCUCCGAUAAAAACGUCGUCGUCUUCAUUCUCUCUCUCGUUUUCACUCAGAUGCUCUCCUUUUGCCGCUCCAGUUCGGCAACAAACGGAAGCAGAAGCUGAUAGAAAAUAAAAUAAAAUAAAAAAAAGAAGAAGCCAAAAUAAUAAUCUUCUUUUGCCAAAACACCACAAAGCUUUCAUCUUUUGGCUUCCAAGUAUUGAAGUACAUACCGGAUUCACCAGCCAGGGAAGAGUUGGAUUGGUGCUCUAUGAAUAUCUAGCAUUAAGUAUCCGAAGAUGGAUAAAGUAUCAGCUGAUUGUCCAUACCCAGGAUGUUUCUUUUGUGUCAUGAAGGAAGGGAAUCCAAGCAAACGUAGAGCAAGCAUUCUGAAAUUCUUUCGAGAACUUCCUGCGCAGGAUGAUGAUGGUCAGGUUCUCCCUAUCAGUGGCCUUUGGAACACUGCCAUGGCACAUCCAAAUGAUCCUGAGUUCAUUGAGUUGGGGAUUUUUGAAUGCAUGGCUGCACUAAUAUGGAAGGGUCUAAAGAACCUUCGCUGGCUUUCUCAUGACCAAAAUAUAUACAUUCCUUAUUAUGCAGCUCAUAUUAUUGGAUCCUACACGAUGAACAUGGAAGAAUUUGCAGAAAGUGCUGUGCAUGCAGGGGUAAUCCCUCCCUUGGUUGAACUUUUGAGAGGGAAGUUAACUUGGGUUGAGCAGCGAGUGGCCGUUCGAGCUUUGGGCCACUUGGCAACAUAUGCCAAUACUUUCUCUGCUGUAGCUAGUCAUGGUGAAAUUCUUGAGCUUUCUAUUCAACUGGCAAUGAGUUCACUGGAGAUAGUUUACUCACAUUUUUAUCAGUAUGUUGAUAGAAGGCUAAGCUAUCACUGCGAUCUUCUUACACGAGGCAUGGGUGGUGUUGAGAUGGAGUCCAGGAAGGCUGAGGAGUGGGCGAGUCAGUUGCAGUGCUGGUCCCUGCAGCUCAUCAAUUGCUUUGCUUUUAAACCAGAGUUUCUUCCGACUAUUUGCAAGCCUGAAUUCUUGAUAAAAUUACCUGGCAUGUGGGGUGGGCUUGUUAAUGAGAACUCACCAGCUGGAAUUGGUUUAUUAAGAACAAUUUGUCAUCAUAAACUUGGUAGAGGACCUGUUGCUAGCUGCCCUGGUAUUAUUGAAUCUUUAUGUAACAUUGCUCGGUCAUCGGAUGAUUGGCAAUAUAUGGCUAUUGAUUGUCUUCUCUGGUUGCUUCAAGAUCCAAGUACAUGUCACAAGGUGAUUGAUAAGGCAGUACCUGCACUUGUAGACCUUGCUGAGAUUACAACUCUUGGUGAUCACAAGAAGCUUGGGGAUUCUAUUGUAAAUGUUCUUCAGGAAUGCAUUCAAUUACAAGGAACAGGUCGUAACUCUACUAGCAACCGUACAAAAGAAUUGAUUGAGGAACUAGUAAGUUCCAGGCAGAGAUUGAAGUGGGAAAAAAAUAUGCCAAAAGAGGACCUCCAUAUAAAACAGGCAGCUGCAUUGGUGGUCAAGCUUGAAGGAAAUUCCUUGUUCUCUGCAGGAAAUAUAGCUGGAGCUGCAUCAAAGUACUCAGAAGCAUUGGCAUUGUGUCCAGUGAGAUCCAAAAAGGAGAGAGUUGUUCUGUACAGUAACCGUGCACAGUGCCAUCUCCUUUUGCAACAACCUUUGGCUGCCAUAAGUGAUGCUACACGUGCUCUUUGUCUUCACAACCCACUUAACCGUCAUGCCAAAAGCCUUUGGAGAAGAGCUCAGGCUUAUGAUAUGCUGGGGUUAGCAAAGGAGAGCUUGUUAGACGCCAUUCUUUUCAUAAAUGAGUGCUCUCAGUCAAAUGAUCCUGAUUUGUCCUUGAGGCAAAAUAAAGUUCCUGACUAUGCUGAGAGAUUAGUGAAGAAGCAAAUGCGUGCAGCUUGGUUAUUUAGAGAGGCUGCUAUCAAACAUGGUGGUGUCCACUGUGAGGGUGAUGCUGGUGACAUCUAUGGCCAAGAAGCUGAUGAUUCUGAAUGGGAGACGGCAAGUGAAAGUGAUAUAGGAAAUGAUGGAAGGGAUGAAAUGGGUGAUGAUGAUGAUGACGACGACGAUGAUGAUAGUGAGUGGAAGAAUGAAGAUGAAAGGAAAGAUAAAUACGAGAAGCCAUUGAUGAAAGACCUAAAGCGUGGAUACAAUGUGCAGCUUGUGGAAGAAGAUACAUAAAAUCGGAUCGAAGGUCCGCCUUUCAUAUCUGAGUAUAUGCCACAGCAGGUGUGGAAACGAAUGAAUGAAGAUGUCCAGCACAAAUGGUGUCUCAAUGGUUCGCCAUUCUCUGUCGUUUAAAAGAAAAGAAAGAUGUUCUGAUCUUGUGUCUAAAAUGGAAACUUGUUUUAUAUAUUUUUCUUCUUUUUUUAUUUUUUAAAAGUUUUCUCCGAUUUUCGGUGUUAACAUUCAACUGUAGAAAAAAGGAUGAAGAAUUUUUUUUUGUUGUAAGAACAAAUAGAGUGUAGGGGAGGUCAUGAAGUCUUUGGAGUGACUUGAGAGAGAGAGAGAGAGAGAGAGAGAGAGGGGCUUGUGUAUAUGAAAACCUUUUAGUGUUUUUUCACUUUGAACUCAUCUAUUAUUUACUUUGAAUGUUGGUUGUGAUUUGAUGGUUA